AUGGUUCACUUAGGAGCAAAAAAACCACCUGCCAGAAAGGGCUCAAUGGCCGAUGUCCCAGCUGAUUUAAUGUCUCAAAUCUACGGUUUUGAAACUAUUUUCAGUGUUUCUCCACAAAAGUUAAAGGCCAUUGUUAAGCAUUUUAUUACUGAGUUGGACAAGGGUUUAUCCAAGAAGGGUGGUAACAUUCCAAUGAUUCCAGGUUGGGUUUUGGAAUAUCCUACUGGUAAGGAAACCGGUGAUUAUUUAGCCAUUGACUUGGGUGGUACCAACUUGAGAGUCGUUUUGGUUAAAUUGGGUGGUGACAGAACUUUUGAUACCACACAAUCCAAAUAUAAAUUACCAGAUCACAUUAGAACAACCAAAGAUAAGGAUGAAUUGUGGGCAUUUAUUGCUGACUCUUUAGCCACCUUCUUGGUUGAACAAUAUCCAAAUGGUGUUACAGGUAAUUUGCCAUUAGGUUUUACUUUCUCCUACCCAGCUUCCCAAGAUAGAAUUAACGAAGGUAUCUUGCAAAGAUGGACCAAAGGUUUUGAUAUUCCAGGCGUUGAACACCACGAUGUUGUUCCAAUGUUGCAAGAACAAAUAACUAAGAGAAACUUACCAAUACACGUUGUAGCAUUGAUUAAUGAUACCGUCGGUACUUUAGUUGCUUCUUUAUAUACUGAUGGUGAAACAAAGAUGGGUUGUAUUUUCGGUACCGGUGUUAAUGGUUCCUAUUACGAUAUCUGUUCAGGUGUUGAAAAGUUGAAUGGUAGAUUAGCUUCCGAUGUCACCCCAGAUACUCCAAUGGCUAUCAACUGUGAAUAUGGUUCUUUUGAUAACGAACACUUGGUUUUGCCAAGAACCAAGUAUGAUGUUCAAAUUGAUGAGGACUCACCAAGACCAGGUCAACAAACUUUUGAAAAAAUGACUUCUGGUUACUACUUGGGUGAAUUGUUGCGUUUGGCCAUAUUAGAUGUUUACGAACAAGGCUUAAUUUUCAAGGGCCAAGAUGUUACCAAGUUGCAAAAGUCAUAUGUUAUGGAUACUUCCUAUCCAGCUAGAAUUGAACAAGAUCCAUUUGAAAAUUUGGAAGAUACUUAUGAUCUGUUCAAAAACGACUUGGGUAUUGUCACCACCGUUACUGAGCGUAAGUUAAUCAGAAAGUUGUCUGAAUUAAUUGGUACCAGAGCUGCUAGAUUGUCUGUCUGUGGUAUAGGUGCAGUUUGUCAAAAGAGAAACUACAAGACUGGUCAUAUUGCUGCUGAUGGUUCUGUUUUCAACAAGUACCCAGACUUUAGUAAGAGAGCUCAUCAAGCCUUGAAAGAUAUAUACGACUGGGAAGAAACUGAUGCUACCAAGUUUCCAAUUCAAAUUGUUCCUGCUGAGGAUGGUUCUGGUGCUGGUGCUGCCAUCAUUGCUGCUUUGACUGGAAGCAGAUUAAAGAAGGGUUUAUCUGUCGGUGUUGCUCCAGGUAAAUAA